AAAUAUUUGAACCAUUUUGAGCGGACGUUUGAAUGUUGAGUUACAAUGAGCCAGCUGCUUCGUCUUGGCAUUCUGAGGCACCUUACUGGAGCAUCCUCUCGUAGAAUAUGUCACUCUACAUUUCUGAUAAUUAAUCAUAAGGGGCAUUAUUCAUCACGUCUGGUAUAUAUUUCCUCAUAUUGUUUUAUUAUGUAGUUUAAACCAACAUCUAAGUGGAAUUGGGGAUCUUCUACAAAUGCUAAUUAUUCUAGUGACCGUCGGAGUGGUGAUCGUUCUCAAAACGACCCAGACAAUAUUGACAUUUUUGCACUAGCUGCAGGUGGUGCUUCAUUUGCCCUCCUGUUAAUUGCAUGGUGGUUAAUUACUAAUGUACCCCAUAUACCUCAAGUAACUUUCAAAAUAUUCGUAUCCAUGUUGGAAAAAGGUGAAGUUCAAAGGAUACAAAUAACGUCUUCUGGUGAUGUGUUCAUUCUCACUUAUCAACAUGGUCAACUGCCUGUAAGCUAAUAUUUUAUUUGACAUUCACGCCAUAACCACCAAGAAAAGGUGAAGAUUUUUUAUUUUACAGCGUUUAGGAUACUGAUUAGCAGAUAUCCCGAUGGUUCAGAAAAAUUUACUACGCUUUUUGUACCAAGCUUGGAAUAACCAAUUCUAACAGGUCACGGGGUUUUUGUUUAUCUUUGCCUUUUCUAGUUCAAGUGUAAAACUUAGGUUUAACAGUAAUCUCGCACGAAGUAGUUGAUUCAAGGUACUCCAACCGCGUCAGAUGUGAGUAACUUCAGUCCCAAAUCGUAGUUGGGUUCUGUAAGCAAUACUGGAUUUUAGGUUGAAGUGUUAUAUAUUUAUAUGCCAGAUGGCUGUAGACUUUUGAAUUUUCCUUGAAGAAGAAUUUUCUCCAUUCCAAAACAUACUUUAGUUAACGGCUUUCGUAGGUUAUCUUUCACUUUUAUCUUGUAAUUAUAUACAGUCUUCUAAACCGCGAAUGGUCUAUAUUAACAGAAUCUAUGCUUUUGAUUUUUGUUAGCAGUAAGAUUGACUGAUUUAUUCCUGUUAUGAGUUUCUGUUCAAAGAGAGCUAGUGGAGUGGGACACAAUUAUUAUUUGUUCAACUUGAUUUGUGCUGAUCUGAUCCAGGUAGUCUUGUUACUCAUUAGUAUAGAGUCGGCAAAAUGUUUGUUACUUAAAAACUUAGAUAUUUUUAAAACAUUCCCUCCCCACUUUAUCAUACUCUCACUUUUUAAUUAUCAUCCAAAACUUUCUGUAGUUGAUUUUGAAGGACUCAAUAACUGUAAAUGAAUUUCUGAAAAAUCUACGAUCCUUAGAGGAUACGUGGGGCAUUGAAGAACAUGAUCGUAUCCCAGUCCAAAUGUCUGAUUUACCUUUGAAUACGUUCGCGCAAAGAUGGAAUUCGAAAUUGUGCGCUGGUCUUCUACUUAUAUCUUGUGGAUUGUUUGCAUUUUCAAUGAGAAGAAUGUUUUCUCAAAAAAUCAACUUAGGGAAAGCAGCUAAUAGCGGUAUUUUGGGAAAGUCCACAGAUAUCCCAAGGUAUCAUGAUAAUUCUAAGCCACCGAAAACAUCUGGCUCAAGUUUUGAUUCUGAAAACAACCGAUUUUCUUUUCGUCCACCCUUUCACUGGGAUCCUGUUACUGGUAUCAAUACAAUUAGACCUACAACAUCCACUGUAAAAUUUAAGGACGUCGCUGGUCUUCAUGCAUGUAAACAAGAAGUUAUGGAGUUUGUUUCUUAUCUAAAAAAUCCUCAAAAGUAUCAAGCGUUAGGUGCUAAGUUACCAAAGGGGGCACUUCUACUUGGUCCACCGGGAACUGGAAAAACUUUGCUUGUUAAAGCAUUGGCCAAUGAAGCGGAAGUACCAUUCUUUUCAAUGGCCGGACCACAAUUUGUAGAGGUUGUCGGUGGACUUGGUGCUCUUCGAUUACGACAGCUUUUCAGUGCAGCUCGUUCUCAUUCACCAGCUAUAAUAUUCAUCGAUGAGCUUGAUUCCGUUGGUCGACGUCGUAAUUCUGAACCUAGAGACGGCGAGGGUGUAUCUGAGUUGGAUCAGACACUGAAUCAACUACUUGUAGAAAUGGAUGGGAUGGAUACAACUGAAGGUGUUAUUGUAUUUGGAGCGACAAAUCGAGCUGACUUGUUAGAUCAAGCUCUGUUACGUGCAGGACGAUUUGACAGACAUAUUUUUAUAGAUUUACCGAAUCUAGCUGAACGUAAAGAAAUAUUCGCUGUAUACAUUGCUCAAUAUCAACUUGCUCCUGAUGUUGUACAAAAUGAACUUGUUGAACGUUUAUCAGCCUGGUGUCCUGGAAUGUCUGGAGCCGAUAUUGCACGUCUAUGUAAUGAAGCUGCUUUGUCUGCUGCUCGAAGAGAUGAAGUUGUUGGUGUUACUAAAGCUGAUUUUGAAGCAGCAUUUGAAAGAAUUUCAGCAGGCGCUGCAAAACGUUCAAAUCCACUUACGGCUGCUGAACGCCACAUGUCUGCUGUUCAUGAAUCUGGGAGGGCUCUUGUAGCAUGGCUUCUUUCAAAUAGUGGAAUACUACCGGUAAAAAUCUCAAUUAUACCGCGUACGGUUUCUGGUCCAGAUACUGUUGGAGAUCUGGGUUUUACUCAGUUAAUAAUAGAAGAAAAAUAUUUACUUAAUGCUGAUGAUCUAGCUGAUCGUAUGUCUGUAUUACUGGGUGGUAGAGCAGCUGAGCAUGUUGUAUACAAUGCAAUUUCAGAUGUUUCCGAAAAACAUCUUCGGGAAGCUAAUAAAUUAGCAAAGAAGCAAGUACGUCAGUUCGGAAUGUCUAAGUCUAUUGGAAAUCUCAGCUUUGACGAAGAGUCAUCCAGUGGACCGUUCUCUGUGAAGCCGUUCUGUCAAAAAACGGAAGCCAUCAUGGAAAUAGAAGCCAAUCAACUUGUAACUUCAGCAUUUUCACGUUCUGUAAAAAUGUUGGAGGAUAAUAAGGACAACCUGUUAGCACUUAUUGAUGCUCUUGUAAAAAAUGAAGAUCUCAGUUACGAUGACCUGAAGAAACUUUUAGGUGAUAACCAACGUCCAACAAAAAUUAGACCUCGACUAUAAUGUACUUUUGUUGUAAUUCCUUCCAUUUUUUGUGUAUAUAAAGAUUGUAUUAACCCUAUUCCUAUGUAACUGUCAUUUAUUGAUUCGGAUAGUUGGUUGUAAAUAGUGGUUCUCCAACUUCACAACAUCUACUGAGGUAGUUCUUAAAAAGAUAUUCCAAUCUUUUCACAUUACUUAAUCAGUAGUUAAGGCGCUUGACUUUCAGCUAGUACGUCGCAGGCCUGAAUCCCAUUCUACCAACUUCGGUUUGGUCAACUGCGUAACGUCAUUAAUCCUUACACUAGAGGUGUGGCUCGAGACCGAGUAAGCCAGCAUGUACUCAGUAAAUAAUUUGUAUGGAUGACUAGCGAACUGUUUUUGAUGAUAUGCUUUAGUUUAGUGUCGAAAGUUUUGGCAAUACAAGUUGGUGUUCAAGACCGCACAUAUACUUAGCCAACAGCUUUAUGUUUAUGAGGUGAUAGGAAAACGGAGCACAUUUGAAGUCAGGUGUUAUAUGUGGUUUUUGUUUUGGAAAUUUAGGAUUGCAAGCAGGGAUAUUACUGCAUAUUUGUUCAAUAAGUCGAUUUGUGGGUUCUCCAAAUGUUUUAUUACCCGACUUUUAGUAAUUCUUUUUACAUUUAACGCGAGACUAUCCAACGUUCAUUAUUCGAGCUCCGGUGUUGAUAUAUAGCAUUUGAUAAGUUUGAAAGGUCAUAAUGAUUUUUUGAAGAUUUACUUCAAUACUGAUGAUAACCAUAAAACUUGUGAUGGUUUCUACGUGAAGUUCACGAUUGAUCUUCAUGAAACUGAGAUGUAGUAUAUGUAUAGGAGCCAAACUUAGUACUUAGCUUAAUCAUCGGUAUCUAAUCAAUGAAGUAAAUCGACGCCUACUACUGCAUAAUAUAAGAAAAUUUGAUUUUCCGCUAACAGUGAUAUUGGGAGAAACUAAGAUUUAUCGAUUAAUAAACAUAAUAGACUGAUCGACUUACAAUCCAUGAAUCUAUUAGUAACAACAAAACCUGGUUACAUCUAUACCACGCUACCUUCAGAAUCUGCAUCACCAAAACCAAGUUACAGAAACUACAAUAAGGCAUUCCAUUACGCAUCAUAUUGUAACGCAUAGUUCACCAGUUGCUGUAAUGUCACGUCGACUGCAUCCUAAAAGACUACGAAUAGCAAAAGGUGGAUUUGGUAAAUUGCUGAAACUGGGCCAUUUCGCAGUCCGAGUCUUUUUCGUUGGAUAUGAUUCCUUGGAAGGAUGGAGAAAUUCGACUAUCGCGCACUAACGGUCGAACGUUUGCGGACCAAAAUCUUGGGCAGCAAACUACAAAUUUUCAAAAUUAAUGCCACAAAAGCAAUUCGCUUUAUUGAACAGAUAGUUCAGGAUUCGCCCUUUUAUGUAUAUACUAUUUGCUCGUGAACAGAGCAACAGCUCAUGUUCAUCUACAUCUUCAUACCACGAUCAUUAAGAACCAUUUCAACAAGCGACGUGGCCAUUCACAUCUCGGUAUUCGCGCAAUUUACGUUCGUAAGUGGUAACUACAUAUGACGUUCCACAGUGAGCGUAGACUCCUUCGAAGUGUCAAAAAUGAAAUCAUACAGUUGCUACUACAGGAAAGUUCUUGGAAACAGGUAAUGUAUUUGAGCACAUGAACAAUAGUCGUCAUUAGCGGUACUCCUAAAAGAUACAUCACUCAAAAUAUUUGCGGAAACUAUGAUGUAC